UGGAAAUAAGUAUAAAGUUAAACCGUUAACCGUUCGCUAGUGUGCGCGUGUGUGUUGAGUUAAUGUUAGCUGGCUAACCUCAGCUAAACUGAAGGGGAGUGGUUGUCAAACAGUUUGUUAAAAGUCGUUUUAUUUACAAUUUUGGAAGAAAAAGGGUACAAAACCUAGAGGAAAUUCUUCUUUUAUCUAUAUACAGAAAUUAGUCAGCGAGUGUAUGUGUGCAGCCAGCAAACCCCCCUGAGUGCUGGCUUGUAUGCAUAUAAGGGGCUGGCAUGGGGAAUGGAGUGCAGGAACACCGGAGGGCGCUCACCCAGGGUGAGGUUCUGUCACUGCCCUCAUCUAGCCAAUCAGAGGGUUUUAAACAGGGCCAGUCAGUCCUGAACUCCUUGUUCUCUGGAGCCUUUGCGGGAGCUGUGGCUAAAACAGCUGUAGCUCCUCUGGACAGGACCAAGAUCAUCUUCCAAGUGUCUUCAAACAGAUUUUCUGCCAAGGAGGCGUAUCGGUUAAUCUACCGCACUUAUCUGAAGGAAGGCUUCCUGAGCUUAUGGAGGGGCAACUCGGCCACUAUGGUGCGGGUCAUCCCGUACGCUGCCAUCCAGUUCUGUGCCCACGAACAAUAUAAGAGGCACCUGGGAAAAUAUUAUGGCUUUCAGGGCAAAGCACUGCCUCCUGUCCCGAGACUCCUGGCUGGUUCGUUAGCUGGCACUACUGCAGCAAUGAUUACUUACCCACUCGACAUGGUUCGUGCCCGCAUGGCAGUCACACCUAAAGAGAUGUACAGUAAUAUAAUGCAUGUGUUUGUGCGAAUCUCACGUGAAGAAGGACUGAAGACUCUCUAUAGAGGAUUCACUCCCACUGUGCUGGGUGUGAUUCCUUAUGCAGGCCUCAGCUUCUUUACCUACGAGACUCUUAAGAAAGUCCAUGCAGAGAGAACAGGGCAAGCUCAGCCAUACUCAUAUGAACGUCUAGCUUUUGGUGCCUGUGCUGGCCUCAUCGGUCAGUCGGCUUCGUACCCGUUAGACGUGGUGCGACGACGCAUGCAGACGGCGGGUGUGACGGGCCACACAUACAGCACCAUCUUGGGAACCAUAAAGGAGAUUGUGACCGAGGAGGGUGUCAUCCGAGGCCUCUACAAGGGCCUGAGCAUGAACUGGGUCAAAGGGCCCAUCGCAGUGGGCAUCAGCUUUAUGACUUUUGACCUGACUCAGAUCCUCCUACGUAAGCUGAGUGGAAACGCACGAUAGCCCAGCGGGAAGAGGAUGAGAUGGAUUUAGGUGGAGUAGCUACUGCAGCUCUGCUUAGGUGUGGAGAAGAGAGAGAUUAAUAAUAGAGGAUUUAAAAUACAACACUGCUGAUUUUUCUACCAGUGGAUAUGCUGCCGAUAGAGAGAAUGGGGGAGACGGUAUAAUUUGCGACAAGUUGCAUGUGCAGUUUGUGAUUUUGAUUUCUGAGUUGGAGAAUAACUUGGUACACACUGUGUGUGUGUGUGUGUGUGUGUGUGUGUGUGUGUGUGUGUGUGUGAGUGUGAGUGUGAGUGUGAGUGUGAGUGUGAGUGUGUGUGUGAGUGUGAGUGUGAGUGUGAGUGUGUGUGAGUGUGAGUGUGAGUGUGUGAGUGUGUGAGUGUGUGAGUGUGUGUGCGAGUGUGUGAGAGAGAGAGCGAGAAUGAGUUUAAUCUCCCAAGGGAGUCUGCAGUAACUUCAUGCUUCUCAUAUCUGUCAUUUACAAACAACAUGGAAAGCCUCUCAAACUUCCUAAAUCUCGCCUUUUGCUUCUGCAUUUCUGUUCACAUCUCUUUAUCGAAGUGGCCUCCUUGUCAUCUUUCCACCUUGUGAUGUAUGAUGCGCAUGAUUUGUCUUGAGCUCUAAGGCCACAUUUACAAGCCCAUUUUCGGAAAUUAGAAUUAGUCAGCAUAUAUAGAUGUGCGCAGAUCAGUUUUACCACAUGAAUUGAACUUGAAUUCAGUAAAAUCUAAAACUUAAUGAUCGAUUUCAGUUGGUAAACAUACAUAAAAAUGUCUUAUAUUUAAAAUGUCGGCCUAUGAUCUUCCUAUUUAAAUAUUUUUGGUCUUAAAUUGACUGUAUCCACACGAUAAUAGACUAGAUUGGGACUUAAAGGAUAAAAAAUAGAUAGCAUUUGUAAGCAAUAAAACCUACAUGUUUUUUUUUAUUUAUAGUUUGAAAGUAGAGCAAAUUCAUAAAAAGUUUAGUUUUUAUUUGCAGGCUGCCAUGAUAUAAACAUGUAUGUAUCAUGAUAACGUCUGGCAGUAACAGACUUCAUGCUUGUAGGGGGAUCUUUGCUUCUGCCUCGUAAACUACUAAUUAAAAAAAACCAAACGUGACAAAAAGACUUAGUACUUCUUCCAUUUAAAACACCAAAACAUAAAAAUACUCAAUGGUUAAAUAUUUCUGUUACUGUCAGACGUCUGUCUGUGGCUCUGAUAUUACUAGCGACUGAUAUUAAAUGUAAUGAUUGUGGCAUUUGAAGUGCCAUCGCUUGAUUAACAAUAUUAAUUUGAAUUUUUAUUAAAUAUUUUAUCAAAUCAAUUAAACUAAAUUAGCAUAUAUAUUGAUUUUAAUAUCCAGUCAGCUAUGAGAACGUCCCUGUUGCAAUAUGUAAUAAGAAAAGUAUCAUAAUGUUAAAUAUAUUAUGAAUGAUAACAUCCCUACUUGUAACAUUCAAUGUAUCUAAGCUCUCUCCACAUAUUGUACAUUGUCUCAUUUUCCUCAUUCACUAAAUUAGUGUGUGUUACUUUUAACACCUACAUUAGAGAUGAACCAAAGCAGAAUGUGUAAUUGUAAUCUGAACACCAACUGAUUUUUAUAAAAGUGUAGUAGAGCAGAAGGCAGUGCUGUGUACAGGAGCGUCAAGUGUCUUGGCUUUUUUCUAUCUUUAGCCUGUACUAUAUCUGAAGCCCUUGAGUGGUUGAGUGAUGAGAGCAGGUGUGUGUGUGUGUGUCCACAGUUCUGAUGCUGUGUGUAUUAGAAUGUGCCCUUUUGAGAAUGUGUGUGUUUCUGCUGCCUUUCACUCUACUUGCUUUAAAUGUUGGCUCUGUAUCCCAUGGUGCGAAUGUAGACUUAUUAUUUCAGGUAAAAUGACUAAGUGCCUACUGAAGGAACAACCGUUUCCCCCCGCAGUAACAACCCUGUGUGUUUUAAAUACAGAGUGAUCGUGUUGUGAAGUGCAGUAGGCAAAAGGUCAUUGUGAUGCCGAGCGCACAGUAUUGUAGUAACUGCAUGGUUUGUUAUAGCACAACUUUCAGCAGAUCAGUAUUUAUUGUUUUGGUGAAUCAUUUUGCAAAAGGACUGGGUGAUGUGGUGGAAAUGCACUACAUGGACAAAAGAUUUAUAUAGCUGAUACUCAGACAGUUUCAUAUCUGGUUUCUCCUUUGAUAUACCGUUCUGGGAAGCUUUUAAAUUUACAUUUACAUUUUAGGCAUUUAGCAAACGCUUUUAUCCAAAGCGACUUACAGUUCUGACGGUAUACAAUCUAACCAAUUAAGGGUUAAGGGCCUUGCUCAAGGGCCCGACAGUGGCAACCUGGCAGUGGUGAGGCUUGAACUGGCAACCUUCUGAUUACUGGACCAGUACCCUAACCACUAGGCUACAGCUGCACCAUUUGGUAUUUGCACCAUGUCUGGGGAUUUGCUUCGGUUUCCACAAGAGCAUUAGGCACUUAUCUGGUCAGGGAUUUGCAAAGCCCUCUUAUUCUUCCACACCAAACAUAGCAAACCAUUUUUAUAUGGUGGCUGCUUUGUGCACAGGAGUGUUGGUGUUGCCAUGCCAAAACAUGACGUGACAUUCUUAAUGGAAAUACAUUGUAUAUGAUUCGGAAAAAAUCUAAAUUAAAAGCGUUAAUAGUGUUCUCAAGACUUCUGGUGUCCACUGUAUGCCAAGGCUCAAUGACAGUCCGUUUGUCCUUAUGGAUCCAAGACAAACCAGGCACAGUUAGUACUUGCAAAAAGCAGCUGGCGCCAUCCAGUGGACACAUUAGGAACUCCAGGCUGCAUUUCCCUUUAUAUUUUAUUUAACUUACCAGUAUUAAAUAUAUUUAAAUUCAGAACUCAUUAAGUGCCGUCCCUACUCAGGAAAUCCAUAAAGUUCCUGACCUGUUCUCUUACUAAUGUUGUAUUCAGAGGCAGUCUGGAAUUUGGUAGUCAGACUUUGUAAUGCUCUAAAUGCUCCAGCACAGAGGACCCAUAUUUAUGAAUGAAGUAAAUAUUACAAUAGCAUUUAAGAUGCAUUGAGUUUUUGGUAUCAUGAUCCUGAUACUGCAGUCAUAUCACCCAGUACUACUUGCAAACAGUGUUUAGUAACUUGUUAAGAAAGUGAAUGAUACUGAUCACAUCUGUUUAAUGAAAACACCUUGUGAAAUGUUGAUAUCUGCAUUUAAAUCUCAAGUCUCAUUCAGACGUUUGCUCUGUUGUAGUGGUGUUGAGUAUUGAUAUAGUUUAAUAGAGCUAUAGGUUUUAUUUUAUCAUUCGCACAAGUCAGAGUUAAAACUGCCUUAUAUGAACAAAAAGAAUUAACAGUGAUUUAUUGACUAAAUCUAGUCUGUGUUCUUAAAAUAAAAACAUUACUACUAACAGACAAUCACUUUAUGCCAAAGCACAACUUCUAGUAGGUGAAUCUUUUAUUUAACAUGAAGGUACUCAAGGAUUCAUAUUAACAUCUACAAGCUAAGUAGUACAGCAGUGUAGACAAUCUUUAAAACUUAUUUUUAACCCCCCUGCUAGCAAAAUAGUUUGGCUAAAUUCUAAUUUAUACAAUUAAAUCAAUAUUUUUUUUUAAAUGUAAUUAACUACAUGUAUGACAUUUUACUUUUCCACUGCAGCUAUGAGACUGUUAACAUGUAAUUGAAGUUUGUGUCACUUAAAUUGUAUUUCCUUAAAGUGUAACAGUCACGCUUAACUAAUUAAAAUGUUCUUUUAUGCCUUUUUUAUGUAAAGAAACCCAAAACGAACGUGAGAUUUCUAACAUAAACAGUCUAACGUGGAGCUUUAAGGUUUCUGUGCUUUGCCACACACAGACGUUGUUUACAAUGAUUUAAACACAUUGGCAGCAGCUAAACACUUUUCUAUCCUCACACGUUCUCAGCUCUUCAGAGUGAUCUGAUGAACAGUGGCUUUGCUCCUUAACAGACUUUGACAAAACGAGUCUAUUCUAGUAGUUUUCUUAAUCUUAACAUGCAAAAGGAAUCCAUAGUUGUGAAGUAUAGUCGGUAAUAUGUUAUGCUUGUAUUAAAACAGUGCAGGUACAAUUAUUAUUAUUAGAUUUUAUUUUGAGUGGAUAGUUGAUCACACGAAUGUUUUGGUGUGUAACUGUGCCUUUUUAAAUACAUGUCCUAAUCCUAAUUUAAUUACUUUAAAUUAGGUACUAAUGGUGUAACUUCCUCUAUGAACAAAUAAUAUAGUACAAUAGCAAAGAUAAAACUGUAUUAAUAUAUUUAAGGUGGAACUGUCAUAUAUGUAUAAUGCCAUAGCUUUGAGAACAAAUAAUUUGAGAACAAAAUGAAGAUUAAUAUGUUAAGUAUACUAACAUUCAAGUAAUAAAUGUCCCAUUUAUUAUUAAACUACAUAAGAGUUUUUCUGCUGGACUUAAAACUGUAGGUCACUAAAACGUGCUUUAUCCAUAAUCCUGAAUUUCCAUCUUUACUGCACUGGCCUUUAUGCACAAUUUUCCAGUUUGCAAGAUCACUUGUACCCAGCAUUAGAUGGUUUAUUACUGCAUUGGCAGGGUGGGUAAUGAAGGCAGCAAUACAGUGUUGAACAAAAACAAACAGGGCUCCGUCUCUCUGGAACGAUCAGAAAAUGUGAUGUUUCUCUUAGUUUGACUACUUUUAUUAGUGCAAAACCAAACACGAGACACCAACCACAUCUUGGUUGAUUAACUACACAAAAGUAAGGAGAAACUGGACGACAUACGUGUUUUUUUUUCACGGCUGAUUUGUUAGUCUGUGCUGAUGUAAAUAACAUUUGCUGUUUCAGGUGUCAGUGAUCAGUCAAUGCAAAUGUAUCUAAUCUUAAUUAAGGCUUCUAACUGCCAAGCUGCUUUUUGUAAAUUUUAAUGUAAUGUGCCAAUGAAUGUCCACAUUAAACUAAUGAGAUUGAAA